AUGGGGAUGCUGCUGCCGGACGAGACCUACGAGGAGCGCUCGUCCUCCUCGGCGAGGAGUUCCUGCCAGGACGAGGGAGCCGUCGACGAGGUCGCUGCCGCGAAGGCCCUCGCGGCCUUCCGCAAGUGCGACGAGUUCCUGGCGAGGCACGGCAUCAGACCCGAGUUCUUCUGCAGACACCGGGAACGACUCGCCCUGCAGACCUGGCUCCUGCAGAGAUCCUCCUCCAAGUACAGCUCGGACGCCUCAUCGUCGAACGAGGCGGUGCACCUGCAGCAGCGCCUGCGGAGCUUGAGCACGGAGCUGGUGACUCUGAGGAACCGGCUGCACGUGAGCCAGCCGAAUAAUUCAGGGCCGGCAGGUGGAGGUUCCGGGGGCCCCCCGGCCAAGAGCCCGGAGAAGGCCGUCCCGACGCCGGCGCCGGCGGUGCCCCCGAGGACGACCCUACCCCCCGGGGCCGCCUCCACCCCUCCGAGCCACGGCAUCGGCCAUCCCUCGGGACACACCCUCACCGCCUCCGUCAUCGUCCAUCCGCACGUCAAUCAUGCCACCAACGCGCUGAACCACGGCUCCGCCGCAAACAAUUUAAUUUCUGACUUGGAGCCGCCAAAGAGACCCGGGGUGCCGGACGACGGGAUCGUCUCCUGCGUGACGGCCCUGGGCUGCCUCCGUUCGCCGCCGAUCUCGAGCAUCAUCGCGGACGUGAAGAACGCGAAGACCUCGCAGAACCAGCACAGGUGCCUCCAGAAAGCCGCCGUCGUGGGCGCCGGCCCUGCGACCUCCACGGCCUUGGACGACCUCAUUCACCUACCCGGACCUCUGACGGAGGAUGCGGUCCUCAAGUGUCUUCAGGCCCGAUUCUGCGCCAAGCAGUACCACACAAACGUCGGCCCGAUCUUGGUUUGCAUCAAUCCUUAUACGGAUGUUGGGAAUCCUCUGACCUUAACGAGCACCAGAGCCGUCCCAUUGGCGCCCCAGCUGAACAGGGUGGUUCAGGAGGCUGUGCGGCAACAAUCCGAGACCGGCUAUCCUCAGGCUAUCAUCCUCUCAGGGACCAGCGGCUCGGGGAAGACGUACGCGUCGAUGUUGCUGCUGAGGCAACUCUUCGACGUCGCCGGGGGAGGUCCCGAGACCGAUGCCUUCAAGCACCUGGCUGCUGCCUUCACCGUCCUCAGGUCGCUGGGAUCGGCGAAAACAGCGACGAAUUCCGAGAGCUCGAGGAUAGGCCACUUCAUCGAGGUCCAGGUGACCGACGGCGCUUUGUACAGAACCAAGAUCCACUGCUACUUCCUGGACCAGACCAGGGUGAUCAGGCCGCUCCCCGAUGAGAAGAACUACCACAUUUUCUACCAGAUGCUCGCUGGACUUUCUCACGACGAAAGAGUCAAGCUGAAUCUGGAGGGGUACAACCUGAAGAACCUGAGAUACCUCCAACACGGGGACACGAGGCAAGACGAAGCGGAAGACGCCAUCAGGUUUCAAGCCUGGAAGGCCUGUCUAGGAGUCCUUGGCAUUCCUUUCCUGGACGUCGUCAGGGUCCUGGCGGCGGUUCUCAUCCUGGGCAACGUCGGGUUCACGGAUGGCCCGGGCGUGGAAGUCGGCGUGAUCGGGGAGAACGAAUUGUCCUCGGUUGCCGCGCUUCUGGGGGUGCCUCCACCCGCUCUGCUGAGGGGACUCACGUCGAGGACUCAUAACGCUCGAGGACAGCUCGUCAAGUCCGUCUGCGACGCAAACAUGUCGAACAUGACGAGAGAUUCCCUGGCAAAGGCUCUGUACUGUCGCACUGUCGCCACCAUUGUGAGGAGGGCGAACAGUCUGAAGAGGCUGGGAUCCACUCUGGGCACUCUGUCCUCCGACUCGAACGAAUCGGUCCAUAACCAGGCCGAAGUGACCAGUCAGCAUGCUUCCACCAUCGGAAGUUCCGCAGGUGGCACCGGUUCGAGGAGCAUGACGGCGUUGAACAACGCCGUGAGACACGCGACCGACGGCUUCAUCGGGAUCCUCGACAUGUUCGGGUUCGAGGAUCCAAAGCCGAGCCAACUGGAGCACUUGUGCAUCAAUUUGUGCGCCGAGACGAUGCAACAUUUCUACAACACCCACAUCUUCAAGAGCUCCAUCGAGAGCUGUCGAGACGAGGGCAUCCGGUGCGACGUCGAGGUCGACUACGUCGACAACGUUCCCUGUAUAGACCUCAUUUCUUCUCUGCGCACCGGCCUGCUCAGUAUGCUGGACGUGGAAUGCUCGAUACGAGGCACGGCCGAGAGCUACGUGGCGAAGGUCAAGGUCCAGCACAAGCAGAAUCCUCGGCUCUUCGAGCCCAGGACCGUGGACUGCAGGUCCUUCGGGAUCCAGCACUUCGCCGGAAGAGUCACCUACGAUGCGUCCGACUUCCUAGACACGAACAAGGACGUGGUACCUGACGACUUGGUCGCGGUUUUCUACAAACACACCUGUAAUUUCGGCUUCGCCACCCACCUGUUUGGAAGCGAGCUCAAAGCGCUCUACGCUAGUGACACGGUUCCCAGGGGUGUCAGUUUUAGGAUAUCGCCGACGUCGCACACGGAUCUCUUGAACGGGGACGAGCCGAUUUCGACGUUGACCCAGGACUUUCACACUCGGCUGGACAACCUGUUGAGGACCCUCGUGCACGCAAGGCCUCAUUUCGUCAGGUGCAUCAGGAGCAAUGCAUCGGAGACUCCGAUGCACUUGGACAGAGGGGUCGCCAUGAGACAGAUCAGGUCUCUUCAGGUGCUCGAGACCGUCAACCUGAUGGCUGGCGGAUACCCACACAGGAUGCGCUUCAAGGCGUUUAAUUCGAGGUAUAGAUUACUCGCGCCGUUCAAACAAUUGCGUCGUGCCGAGGAACAAGCGGUCGAAGAUACCAAGCUCAUUCUGCAGAACGCCCAGCAGCUGAAGAGUAAAUUUGGGGCGAGUACGAGUUGGGCCCUCGGCAAGAGGCACAUUUUCCUCAGCGAGGGAAUUCGUCAACAAUUGGAAAACCUGAGAUCGGAAACCCGAAGAAAAGCAGCCACGGCCAUUCAGGCCACGUGGAGGGGCUGGAGGAUCCGCAGGAGAUGGUUGGUGAGGAAGACGACUCUGGUCCCUGGCAGUGGUAUCGGUCAGAAGCAGCCGCAGCCAACUUCCGGCAACACGGGAACCGUUCAGAGGAGCGUUAACAGUUCCGGAACCGGAAACGGAACGCGACCGAGGCCCCAGCCGAUAACGGGCACCCCGCCCCCAGACCCCUCGGAGAAAUGCGCGGACCAGAAGAUGAUCCAGCAGACUUGCACCCUAUUUGGCCUGGACCUGGAACGACCGCCCCCUGUUCCGCCCAGCAGGUCUUACACCGUGACCGGAAACACGAAGCUGGGGUAUCCCCAGACGAGGGUGAUGAAGAUGCCAUUCCCUGAAAAGGGAGACGGAGAGGUGGUCCUGCUCAAAGGAGAGACCGUCCUGGUCGUCGGCGCAUCCCCCAGACGUGGCCACCUCCUGGUGGAGCACAACAACACCACCCUCCACGUGCCUUACCAGUUCAUGGAACUGAAACCCUGUAACAUUAACGUCUGAGCUCUAUUUAUUUGUCCCUCGUCGCGUCCUCGACGUCGAGGACCACUCCAGGAAUAAUUUAAUUAACUCGCGAGAUCCUCUCCUUCGAGAUCCUCCAAAAGUCAGCAGCCUCGCCUCCGAGGAGCUCGACGUCGAGGUCUCCCUAACGGGAACGAACCCUACUCGCUACUGCCGAUGAAUUGCCACAAGAACGUCGUUAAUAGAGAUUCGUUACGGUUAAGGUAAUCUUAAGCACGACCCGGAGGUGUCGCGUCGUCGAGGGGCCCAAUCGAUCAUCCCAGCAGGACCGUUCGAUCGAUCUCAUAGACCCACCGCGAAGCAAGACUCCUGGAAAAAUCGUCGACUGAAAGGCUACCGAUCGGCAUUCCCGAUCUCGCGACGCGACCCCCGGCCUCUUUCGACUUGUAUAAUUCGAAAAUCAAUUUGGUCUUCCACGUAGAUCAUUACGUUACGUGACGCCUCACGACUUAGAGUAUAUUUAUAUAUACAUAUAUGCCAAUUUAUGUAUUAGAGAGGAGGAGGUCGAAAAGUGCCUCCUGUUCUUCCUUGCGUAUACGUCUACACGUAUAUGUACACAUAGUUUUA